AUGCAGAUCAUAGCAGGUGAAGAUGAAGAUGAUAGCUACUGGUUCACAGAUCAGCCAAGUCCUCCUUAUGGUCCUGGAUAUGCCGAAGUACCUCAAACGAUCAAGUCAGCAAAUGGUCAAAUUGGUGGCAAGACGUUUCUGGUCGACAACGACUUUGCCAAUCGCAUCAUGUCUUCAAUCCGAGACAAGUCUUUGCAACUACCUCUCGUCCACCCGGCCUGCAUCUUGUGUACCAAGUGCAAACGCCUGAGCGAAACUAUUUGGGAUCCCGCUUUUAGCAUCACUUAUACCGUGAAGCAUUUGAAUUCGAAUUCCGUAUCAAAAGCAUGCAAUUUGUGCGGCCUGCUCUGGCGCGUUUACGAGAAGCACGGCAUGACAAAACUCUCUGAGGUCAUGUUUGAGAGAAAUCAGUCGAUCAUCAAGAUGAACGGCGAAGGCGCUCCCGUUCUUUCCAUUUAUAGAAGCCCAGGUACGUAA